CACAAAUUGGUUUUUGAUCCUUGUGUUUCCUGUUUUUUUUAAUUCGUGACUUUAGGGGAAUCCCGGUUCAACCGAAUAUUUAAAUAUUCAGCUGCAAUAUAAUCAGCUACAAUAUAAUAUAGCUUUCAUUCGUUCAUUCAUUCGUUCAGAAGUAAUUAUCUUUUUAUCACAAGUCCGAGUGUUUAUCGGAUUGUAUAGUAAAACAGAUUUUACGAAAUCCACUAAGCUAGCCGUAUAGACGAUGUUGUAUUAGAAGAAUAUUCUAUAUAAUGACCGAUUAUCGGAACGUUUAGUAAAUAAAGAAUUUCCAGGAACAAUGUUAAAUCACAUGCGUGGCCGAAGGCUUUCUCCGAACAAAAACUGAGUCAUCAACGUCGUUUUAUGUGAUACCGCUUGGCGCUUACGACGAAAUACGAGCGACAAGUUACCAAUAACCAUCAUAGUAAUUCAUGACGCGAAUGAAGAGAAACAUUAGUCAUUAUCUGCUGCUGUGACAAACACAAUGCGUACAACACGAAAUGAGAAAACAAAACCAGUCGUUGUGGAAACCAAUAAACACUUGGUAAGAAUUGAGAUAUUUCCAACUCAACUGAGCAACAAACAUGACAAAACCUAUCAGAAAAGAAAAUGGCCAGAAAUAAUUAAUGCAAUAGACGGUUUAUACAACAGUGACGGCGGAACACUCGUACUGUAUUACAAAAAAUCCCCGCCGUCUGGACAUUUAAAAAAAUGUUUGAGAAUGCUUGAACAGAAAGUUAAAGAUCUCUUAGGAACCAUAUCGCUGACGUUUGAUAUCAAUGUUAAAAUUUCACCGUCGUCAACUCAAGCACAAAGUCACAUGAAAAUAGAGGUAAAAACAUCGACAAAAACAAAGGGUAUUUUGGCAGUAAAGAACAACAUAUAUUUGCCCAGUAGUGAGCUUAUCAUGGAAAUUUCUCCGUCCGAAAAUGUGGAAAAGAUCAGAGCAAUAUUAAUGAAAAACAUCCCUCAAGUUGUUCCAGUUGAACGACAUUCGCACUAUACAAAGUUCGUGAAAGAUGAAAUUGUUCCAUUCUCCGAAUCUAAAACAGUACAGUUCAAGAAUUUGAAAGAUGACCCGAGUACUUUCACAGCCCGUUUGAGUUCAAAAAGCAACAAACUAACAUGCUGUGUUUCUGCAUUUGCAAACUACGCGGGCGGCCACAUUUAUUUUGGUAUUAACGACGACGGAAAGGUCGAAGGAGAAAAUAUUACCGAGGACGAAAUAUGGAAAAUAAAGUCAAAAAUUGGCGCAUUAAUUAAAAAAUAUGAUAUGGCCAAAGAAUAGCAAGCCUGCAGACCAACGUUGGGACGUCUUUUUUGAGCCAGUGAUGAAUAACACAGAGAAUGCAAUCCCACAGAAAUACGUAGUUGUUGUCUUCGUGGCCCAAUGUCGAGGCGGUGUAUUUACUGAAGAGCCAGAGUGUUAUGAUAUUAUUAAUAAUAAAGUACACAAGAUCGAUUAUUCGUCGUGGGUUCAAAGGAUAGAUCCCUGUUUAGCACUAAAGGAAGGUACAUAUCCUGCCAAUACUCCUUCAGACUUGGUGUACGAAGAACUGACAUAUCAUCUUAACAAAGGCGAAGAACUCGACGUACUCGACGCCGCAAUCAAAAAUGCCCGAGAAAAUUACAAGAACGGCGGCGACGUGGACUUAAUUUGUCUGUCGAAAUUCAUAAGCUUCUACUUGAGGAGAGGUGAAUAUUCAUUGGUUGAGGAAUAUUUUAUUAAAUACACGAAAAAGCUAACUUCAGUCUCAAGUUCCAGCAAGGUUGAAGUAAUGGGACGAUUUGAAGUAAUGGAACAAUAUCUUCGCUGUGUUCAGGAACGAUGCAAAGGAAACUAUGAAGAAAGUUAUGAGAUCGCAAAGCAAUGUUCACACAAUUUAAAAAAGCUUCCCUAUUGCAUAAUAUCCGCGGCCUUUUACGUUCAAAUUGCUACAUUGGAGAACAUCUUAGCAAUGAAGACAGAAGAUAACGAGAAACGACUUGCCUUACGGAGCCAGGCCGAAAAAAACUACGUUCUCGCAAGCAGUCAUUUAAAACAAAUCCAGGGGCACAGAACCACCAAAGCAGAAUAUCUACAAAAGAUUUAUAUCAAUUCAGCGUUGCUUCAAUUGGCUUGCAGUCUCACUGGUGAUGUGUUGCAAGACUCUGAGGAACUCGUGGAUACCGAAAAAGCAAAGAAAUUUUUAAGACAAGCAUAUGAUAUAACUCUUGAUAGCUACCCGAUUAGCAAGUUUCGAAAGAUUCAAAGCCUCUUCGCAGAAGCUUGCUUAUCUUACCGACUGGGCAGAGAAGAUCCAUCUCGACAGAAUGAGACCUUGAAACAUGCCUUGAACUACAGCAAAGAGGCAAAAAAUUUGGCAGAAAAAUGUACAUUUGUUGAAAUGAAGAAAUACGCAGAAAAUUUCAUCAAAUUUUUCGAACAGUCAGAAGAAAGUCAAAUAUAAACAACACAGCCACGAAUUUGAAUUAUUUAUGAUACACAAUCGACCUUCCUGGUAAUUACAGCGUAUAUACAAGUGGGUCUGAAAAGCCAAUGGGUUAAGUCGACAAUCGAAUCGAAAAUCGUGUUAUUGAGUUUCCGCUCUAAAAUAGGAAUUUCGUUCACGCCGAAAACAUAAUUAAAUACAGUUUUGCAUACUGACCCGUUAA